GGUUUGUAGACAAUACCUUGAAACGGUUGAGAAUCUCUGCGAUCUCAUUGGACGAUGCUGGCCCAGGGUACUUGGCAACCAGCGACCAAUCGGAUGUCAGAGUUCUGUUUAAAGGGCUGAGCUCCCUGGGGAGGUAAGGUGGCAGAGCUGGCAGAUCACUGUUCGGUGGGAUCAUUUAUCAGAGAACAUCAGCCCCGACCUGCUAAUCCCUCCCCGAGAUCUGCCAUUGGCCUUUUCCAGAGGACCAUGCCUGUCCUUUCUUCCAGUCUCCAGGCUUCGCACAUGGAGAAGGACAAUAUUCGAGAAGAUGACAGCUUAACCAACCUACAAUGGCUUCAAGACUUUUCCAUUUGUAGCUCAGACUUAUCCUCUUUUGCUAUAUCUUGCCCUCCCGCAACAAACAAGACCCAAGGUCCAUGCAGCCCUCCGGCUGGAGAUACGGCCUCCUGCCAGGCUCCUCGUACAGGGAAACAGAGAUCCACCAUGGGAUCCAAUGCCUGGCCUUCUUUGCCUUCGUCUGUACCAAAUCCUAUCCAGGAAGUGGAUUAUAGAACAAAUCCUAAUGUUAAACCGCCAUAUUCCUAUGCCACCCUCAUAUGUAUGGCAAUGGAGGCCAGCCAGCAGAGGAAACUCACCCUGUCUGCCAUAUACAACUGGAUCACACAGAACUUCUGUUACUAUAGGCAUGCUGACCCAAGCUGGCAGAAUUCCAUCCGUCACAACCUCUCUCUGAAUAAAUGCUUCAUGAAGGUCCCCAGAGGCAAAGAUGAACCUGGGAAGGGUGGAUUUUGGCAGAUGGAUCCGCGCUAUGCUGAUAUGUUUGUGAACGGAGUACUGAGAAGGAGAAGGAUGCCGGCCUCUCAUCUUGACCCUCCAAGAUGCAACAACGUAGCAGUCCACCAUCCUUACCAGUCGUCCGUGCGACCAAAUAACCGCCAAACCCCGCGCUCUUCUUGCAGUUACAAGCAGCUUAGGAGGCAAGAGAAGCCCAGUCCUGUUUUGCCAGCCCUGAGGGCACAGGAACGACAUGGGGACAACCUAUUUUCUUCUGAAAAUGAUCAUCUGAAUGGAAGCAACUUUGAUGACCUGGAUCUGCAGACAGCCUUAAUAUCGAUGUGGUGGGAAGAAGAUCUGGGACCUUCCGGGGUCAACGCUUCGGUCGUGAACACUUCCCAUUUGGAAGUAGCCCAACAGGAACCUGCCAUAAUGGAUAGCCAAUGGUUCCUGCCUCCUGACCACCACCCAACUUGGCAAGAGUUGAAAGAGGAACCUGUAGCAGAUCAGUGGUAUAUAGACAGUGGUUAUGUCGAGGAUGUUUUGUAUGAGUGCCCACCAUGGGAACGGGCGGAGGCAUUAUGACCUGUUUAGGGGAACUUAAGCCUUUAAGGAACCAAUGGUUGGAUUUCAGAUUGUAAGGACUGAUGAGACAAUAAAAACUGGGACUGACAUUCUU